ACUCAUAUUUUUCUCCAACCAAAUAAAAAACAAAACCCAAAGAUCUCAGAUCUGCUCCGUCUCUCUCCUUUCUCUGCUCUGUUCGUCCAUUCUCCCAUCGAGGAAUAGGGCAAGGAGAGCCGUCGGAUCCAAGAUCUGAGCGAAGAUGAACGACGCAGAUGUUUCGAAGCAGAUCCAGCAGAUGGUGCGGUUCAUUCGGCAGGAGGCCGAGGAGAAAGCCAACGAGAUCUCUGUCUCCGCUGAAGAGGAAUUUAACAUUGAGAAGUUACAACUCGUUGAAGCUGAGAAAAGGAAGAUCAAGCAAGAAUAUGAACGAAAGGAGAAGCAGGUUGAAAUUCGGAGGAAAAUCGAGUACUCCAUGCAGUUGAAUGCUUCUCGUAUCAAAGUUCUCCAGGCUCAGGAUGAUCUGGUUAGCUCCAUGAAGGAGGCAGCUGGAAAGGAGCUCUUGCAAGUCAGCCACCAUCACCAUACAUACAAAAAGCUUCUCAAAGAGCUGAUUGUUCAGAGCUUGCUGAGGCUUAAAGAGCCAGCUGUGUUAUUGCGGUGUCGGGAAGCUGACCUCGAGCUUGUUGACUCAGUGCUUCAUUCUGCAAAGCAUGAAUAUGCGGAAAAAGCAAAUGUGCACCCUCCUGAGAUUGUGGUGGACAAUUAUGUUUUUCUUCCACCAGCUCCUAGCCAUCAGCAGGCACAUGGGCUUUUCUGCUCUGGAGGUGUUGUCUUGGCUUCUCGAGAUGGGAAAAUUGUCUGCGAAAACACACUUGAUGCUAGGUUGGAUGUUGUUUUCCGGAAGAAGCUACCAGAGAUUAGAAAGCUGCUCUUUGGUCAGGUUGUUGCUUGAUCAGUUGGUGUGACCCGAAGUUCUACAUCUGAGCUAUCUCAAAUCAAAGAUCCUAACGCUGCUUCAUCAGACAGUGCUAGUAUUGUUCAUUUCUGAUACUUUUUAGUACCAUGAUUUUUCUUAAAAAUCGUAAAUUGUUAUUGGCUCUCAGAGCAAACAGGUUAUAUAUUUGUUCUGUAACUCUGAAAAAUAAAAUUAGACCGACUCUCCUUUGCAUCCUUUAUCCUAAGCUAUUUGCAAAUUAGCGAUA